AAAACGUCAUCAAGCCGCGACGCAAACAUGGCGUUUGUUUCUGUUUGCUAAUAAUUUGAAAUCUUACCUUGUUUUAUUCAAAAUUUGUUAUAGCUGCGUUGUUACGUUUAAUUUUUAAACUAGUAAUUUUUUACAACGUAGAAUUAGACAUUUCCCUGUAGCUGUUGCACAGGCCCAUGAGCACUCGGAUGUAUUUUCUUUUUAAAAUAAAAUUUGCGUGUUCAGGUUCAACAUGAGUGGAGGUUUAGCACCUAGCAAAAGUACUGUGUAUGUGUCGAACCUGCCGUUCUCACUGACCAACAACGACCUACAUAAGCUGUUUACCAAAUAUGGAAAAGUUGUAAAGGUUACGAUUGUGAAGGAUAAAGACACUCGCCAGAGUAAAGGAGUGGCAUUUGUUCUGUUCCUAGACAGAGAGUCGGCUCACAACUGUGCAAGAGCAGUGCACAACAAACAGUUGUUUGGAAGAACAGUUAAAGCCAGCAUUGCCAUAGACAAUGGGCGAGCAACUGAAUUCAUCAGAAGACGGAACUACGUCGACAAGUCACGAUGCUACGAAUGUGGAGAUACAGGACAUCUGAGUUAUGCAUGUCCCAAAAACAUGCUUGGAGAGAGGGACCCACCAAAGAAGAAAGAGAAGAAAAAGAAGAAAAAGGCACAGCAACCUGAGCUAGUUGAAGAAGAUGAAGAAAGUGAAGAAGAAGGAGAAGACCCAGCCUUAGAUAGUUUAAGUCAAGCCAUAGCUUUUCAGCAAGCUCGUAUGGAGGAAGAGGAUAAAAAUCGAAAGAGACAGGCAGAAGGGGAUGCUGCACGUGCCUCUACGUCGUCAGACUCUAAGAAACCGAGGAUCAAAAAGAGCGCAUACUUCAGCGAUGAGGAAGAGCUCAGUGACUGAUAACGACCUGCAGAGACAUUAAAAACUUCAGCCAUGUAGAUAUAUGUAAAAAUGUCACUAGAGUUGUCUUUUGUGUUUCAUUUGGAUGUGAAAAAAAUCCCUCUAUCAUUAUUCUUUUAAAUAGAUUUACUUUACUGCUUUGAUAAAACCAAGCAAGUGUCAAUAACAGGAAUAAAAAUUUGAAAUUACAAGGAUUUCCCUCCAUGGAAUCCUUUUGAUCUGGAGAUGAUGGAGCCAUUCACAUAUUGUCCUUGACUUAAACGUUUGGGGGACCUCUGGCAUCCUUUGUGAUUGCCUCCAAGUGUAUCUUCUGCAUCAUCACGUAAAAUGAGCCGUGGGUUGCCCCGGUGUGUGCAGGCUGUCUGGUGUGAGGCAAACGCAGCGAGGUUGGAGCAUUAAAGGAUUCGUGGUAGCGAUCUGAUGUGAGUGGAAUCCCUCAUUUAUGCAGCCACGCAUAAAAAGAAAAACUGUCCCGUGUCGCAUUUGUUUUCGUGGUCGGAUUUGUAAACAUGAAGAUUAGAAGGAUGGAUAAUCGCUGUACACGAGGCGUUUCACCUCAUUCAACUAGAAUAAUGGAUUAUUGUAAACCACAAAGGUGGGGGAAAAAACUAAAGGGUGCGUUUAGUGCGCUACAUGUUAGUGAUUUUAAAUUAAAUCUUUAUGAUCAAUUUUUUCAGCCUCUGUAACGCGUUUAUGUGCAUGAUGCGAAUAAAUCCUCGGCUUAUGUUGUGA